GUUCAUUUUAAAGUUUGCCAUACCAGAAACUACACUAAAUGUCCAAAUGGAAUUAUAUGGUAUUAGUUAUAUUCCUUUUUGUGCCACAUAGGCACAGUUUUAAAAAUAAUGAUCCCUCGGUAAAUCAGGAAAUCAAUGUCGAGCGGCUCAAAUUCCGGGCGCCAUGCGAUCGAUGCGAUGGGGUACCAUUUGAACAUUUUCCCUUUGUUCCACCACCGCCCCCACCUCCACCAGCACCUGCACCUACACCUCCGCCCCCACCUCCACCAGCACCAAAACCGAAACCACCGCCCCCACCUCCACCAAAACCAAAACCACCGCCCCCGCCUCCACCUCCACCUCCACCAGCACCAAAACCAUCGCCGCCAACUCCACCACCCACAACACCUCCACCACCUACAGCACCACCACCACCACCCUCUGUACCAAUACCUUCUGGCCAGGAUUCAGGAAUACGCCCCCCACAACUAGGCUGGAGUCCGCCUUAUGGACCAUCAAAUCCAGGUGGAUAUCCACCUUCACUACCGGGCUGGAUUACGCUUCCUGUGGCUCCAAAUCCGGGGGGCCAUCCACCAAAUUCACAAAUGCCUCCUAGUUCAGGAUUAAACCCUCCACUACCGGGCUGGAUUCUGCCUCCUGCGCCACCAAAUCUAGGUGGACAUCCACCAGGAACACAGCUGCCUCCUAGUUCAGGAUUAAACCCUCCACUACCGGGCUGGAUUCUGCCUCCUGCGCCACCAAAUCUAGGUGGACAUCCACCAGGAACACAGCUGCCUCCUAGUUCAGGAUUAAACCCUCCACUACCGGGCUGGAUUCUGCCUCCUGCGCCACCAAAUCUAGGUGGACAUCCACCAGGAACACAGCUGCCUCCUAACUUAGGAACAAACCCUUCAUUACCGGGCUGGAUUCUGCCUCCUGCGCCACCAAAUCUAGGUGGACAUCCACCAGGAACACAGCUGCCUCCUAGUUCAGGAUUAAACCCUCCACUACCGGGCUGGAUUCUGCCUCCUGCGCCACCAAAUCUAGGAGGACAUCCACCAGGAACACAGCUGCCUCCUAGUUCAGGAUUAAACCCUCCACUACCGGGCUGGAUUCUGCCUCCUGCGCCACCAAAUCUAGGUGGACAUCCACCAGGAACACAGCUGCCUCCUAGUUCAGGAUUAAACCCUCCACUACCGGGCUGGAAUCCGCUUCCUGCGCCACCAAAUCAAGAACAUUUACCAGGACCACAGGAGCCUCCUAAUUCAAAAUUACCCCUUCCCCCCGCCGGCUGGAUUCCGCCUUCUGGACCACCAAAUCUAGGUGGACAUCCACCAGGACCACAGAAGCCUCCGAAUUCAAAAUUACCCCUUCCCCCCGCCGGCUGGAUUCCGCCUUCUGGACCACCAAAUCUAGGUGGACAUCCACCAGGACCACAGAAGCCUCCUAAUUCAAAAUUACCCCUUCCCCCCGCCGGCUGGAUUCGGCCUCCUGGACCACCAAGUAAUGGUGGACAUCCAUCAGGACCACAGAAGCCUCCUAAUUCAAAAUUACCCCCCCAACGACCUUCUGGACCACAAAAACCUAAGCCCACAAAACCAGAUAAUUCUUCACCUGAGAAUAUAAAUAUAAAUGAAGUACACAUGCCACACGCAGCUUUGUCCGAGACAAUAACUUGAAAAUUCCGCAGCUCUGUCAAAUGUGCAACAAGCAGUAAUAUAAGAGACCAGAAACACUUUGUCAAAAUGGCAAUUAAAAUGUUUUUAAAAAUAUUAAAGUAGUAAUAUACUUUAUAACAUAUAUAAUCACCAAUUUACGUAAACAUUUGACACAUUGGUUGUACGUAAAAAAGCUUAAUAAAAAUUUACAAGCCGAUUCGAUUUAGUAUUAACCAUA